CUGAUUCAUUUUCAGUUAAUUUUGGAAUAUGGUGAGAUAGCAGUUUAGUUUCAUUCUUUUGCAUGAGGGCAGCCUUCAUUUGAACAAGAUGUUUGCACUUCAAGGCUGCUGGUAAUAAUAAUUUCAGGAUUUUUCAAUAGUUCCUUUUGACAGCACAUUUAUUCCCCGGAUUAAUUUGCUUUUUUAAAAAAAAGUAAACUUCAAUGUGAUCUAAACUUGACACAGUGAUUCCCAAGCGUGUUUUUAAGUUACGAUGGGGCCUGGAACUUGUAUGUACCUGAGGCAGUUUAAGCUUAAAGCCACCUCUGCCUUCUAACUCAUGGUGCCUGCUCUUCUGCUCUCGCAGCUGUUUCAACCCCCCCCCCCCCAUCCCCCCUCCAGGGCUUCAGUGAAAGUAGAUGACGGGUGACUACCAAGUCUAGAAGGCCACUAAGGACAUUAUUUAUCUCAGGGUCUCUUAGAUUCUUGGCUCGCGCCGUGACCUUUCAACAAGCAGGCAAUGCGGUGCCUGCAAGAAAAUCGGUGAGGCAAUGCACGCUGGACGCAAGCAACAGGCACAAGCGGCGGGCCAUCACUGCGAGAGUCUCAAACGACAGCAGUGGGCAGUGCAGAAGCCUCUCCUUUCUUUAACCCUUCUUCACACAUAGUUCCACCCCCACCGGAAGUAGUUACGUCACACCACUUCCGGUCCAAUGCCCGUCGCUGGCGGGAGCGAGCACGCCGGUGCGCGGCAACUUUGUUCCCGCCUCCUUGUCCCCUAACACCACUCACCUACGGCUUUUCCAGAGCGUGACGUGCGUGCGCGCUCCUGGCCUUGCGUCUGGGCCUAAGGAAAAGGCCGAAAGAGCGAGGGAGGAGGAGGGGUUGUGGAGGUUAGGGCCCAAACAGCAAGUCCCGUCGCCCUCCCCCCUGACGAGGAGCGGAGAGGGAAGGGGAGGAGCGAGUCGGGGCCGGUCGCGCACACCAGAAGCCUCCUCGUGAGGCGGGGGGAACGGAGGAAAGGGGCAGCUUCGCCAACCUCUGCUCGCGGCGGCGGAGAAAGUCAAGGCCCAUACCCGCCACCACAGACUCAGAAAGGCCCCCCUCCCCCCGCCCCAUCUCCCCGGAAACAGACCCCCGCCCAGCCCCGCACACUCGCUGCCCCAGCCGAGAGCCGCAGCCCGGUCGCCCCCGCCUUGCCCCGCCCCGCCGGCCGUCCCAGCGGGCAACAGAGUGCGCGAGGCCCUAGGCCGGGAGUUGUCAGGCCCAAGCCACUUCUGAGGCGCCCGCCGUGUGUCGCCGCCACCCCUGGAGGACGACGUCGACGCAGAGGAGGAGGCGGCAGAGGCGUGUUGUUGUCUCGCCCACUCCCCUCCCCUGAACUCGCACCCAACGUCAGGGCGCGAUGGAGUGAAGCGGCGACGAAGGUGGUACUUCCGCGUUGCGCUGCCUGAGCUGAGAGCGCGGCGGAGGCCGCUCCCCCACCCCGGGGGCACUUGGAGGACUCCGGACUCCCUCGCAGGUCAGCGCCCGGCGAAUCUGGUGUUUUUGCUGCUGAGGAUAGGACGACGGGCACGAUCGGGAGCUCUGCCGCCCGGAUUCCUGCUUCCCUCAGGCCUGGAGGCCGCUGCGUACCCCACUGUGACCUGGAACCCAGGGACCCGAGUCCCAACCCGGAUUAUCGUGGCGUGUCUCCCGGCCGGCCCUGGUGCUCGGUGUCCCUUCGCUGCCGCUGCUGUUCCCGUUUCCGGCGCGGGAGAUGGCCAGGAUCUGACCCGGGGGGAGGCCGCACCCGCGCCGCGCUCUGCGGCGAGCUCUAGGCGAUGCCGAGCAGCUCGGACACGGCGCUGGGGGGAGGCGGGGGUCUGAGCUGGGCGGAGAAGAAGUUGGAGGAACGCCGCAAGCGAAGGCGAUUCCUGUCCCCUCAGCAGCCGCCGCUGCUGUUGCCGCUCCUGCAGCCGCAGCUCCUGCAACCGCCGCCGCCCCCGCCGCCUCUGCUCUUCCUGGCUGCUCCCGGCACGGCCGCCGCCGCCGCAGCCGCCGCCGCCGCGGCCUCCUCCUCUUGCUUCAGCCCGGGCCCCCCUCUGGAGGUCAAGCGGCUGGCGAGAGGCAAGAGGCGCCCAGGAGGGCGGCAGAAGCGGCGCCGCGGGCCCCGCGCCGGGCAGGAGGCGGAGAAGCGUCGGGUCUUCUCGCUGCCCCAGCCGCAGCAGGACGGCGGUGGCGGUGCCAGUAGCGGCGGGGGUGUGACGCCGCUGGUGGAAUACGAGGAUGUGAGCUCCCAGUCCGAGCAGGGGCUGCUGCUGGGGGGCGCCAGCGCGGCAACGGCGGCGACGGCUGCCGGGGGGACGGGGGGCAGCGGCGGGAGUCCGGCCUCCUCCUCCGGCACCCAGCGGCGCGGGGAGGGGUCGGGGCGCAGGCCCCGCCGGGACCGCCGCCGCAGCAGCGGCCGCAGCAAGGAGCGCCACCGCGAGCACCGGCGGCGGGACGGGCAGCGCGGCGGCAGCAGCGAGGCCUCCAAGUCCCGCAGCCGCCACAGCCACAGCGGCGAGGAGCGGGCCGAGGCAGCCAAGAGCGGCAGCAGCAGCAGUAGCGGCGGCCGCCGGAAAAGCGCCUCGGCCACGUCUAGCAGCAGUAGCAGCCGCAAGGACCGAGAUCUGAAGGCUCACCGGAGCCGGACUAAAUCGUCCAAGGAGCCGCCUUCGGCCUACAAAGAGCCGCCCAAGGCCUACCGGGAGGAGAAGACCGAGCCUAAGGCCUACAGGCGGCGGCAGCGGUCCCUGAGCCCCCUGGGAGGCCGGGACGACAGCCCGGUGUCUCACAGGGCCUCGCAGAGCCUGAGGAGCCGCAAGUCCCCCAGCCCGGCAGGAGGUGGCAGCAGCCCGUAUUCUCGGCGGCUGCCGCGCUCCCCGAGCCCCUACAGCCGCCGGCGCUCCCCUAGCUACAGCCGCCACAGCUCAUAUGAGCGGGGCGGCGACGUGUCUCCCAGCCCCUACAGCAGCAGCAGCUGGCGCCGCUCCCGGAGCCCUUACAGCCCUGUGAUCAGACGGUCUGCUAAAUCCCGAAGCAGAAGCCCGUAUUCAUCUAGGCAUUCAAGAUCUCGUAGCAGGCACAGAUUGUCUAGAUCCAGAAGUCGUCAUUCUAGCAUUUCUCCUAGCACACUAACUCUGAAGAGUAGCCUGGCAGCUGAAUUGAACAAGAAUAAAAAAGCCCGGGCUGCAGAGGCAGCACGAGUUGCAGAAGCAGCGAAAGCUGCAGAAGCGGCUAAGGCUGCUGAGGCCGCUGCCAAAGCUGCCAAAGCCUCGAACACUUCAACACCUACCAAGGGGAACACAGAAACUGGUGCCAGUGCGUCACAGACAAACCAUGUGAAGGAUGUGAAGAAACUGAAGGUUGAGCAUGCACCUUCUCCCUCCGGUGGUGGAACUGUAAAAAAUGACAAAGCAAAAACAAAGCCACCUCUUCAGGUAACAAAGGUGGACAAUAAUUUGGUUGUAGAUAAAGCCGUUAAGAAAGCAACUGUAGUUGGGAAGGAGAGUAAAUCUGCUGCUGCUACAAAGGAGGAACCAGCAUCUCUUAAAGAGAAAAGCAAACCACUCACACCGAGCAUAGGUGCCAAGGAGAAGGAGCAGCAUGUGGCUCUAGUGACCUCUACGUUACCACCUUUACCUUUGCCUCCCAUGCUGCCUGAAGAUAAAGAUGCCGAUAAUAGUUUACGAGGAAAUAUUUCAGUAAAAGCAGUUAAAAAAGAAGUAGAAAAGAAACUCCGAUGUCUACUUGCUGAUUUACCACUACCCCCUGAGCUACCAGGAGGAGAUGAUCUCUCCAAGAGUCCAGAGGAAAAGAAAACAGCAACACAGUUACAUAGUAAAAGGAGGCCUAAAAUAUGUGGGCCUCGCUAUGGUGAAAUCAAAGAGAAAGAUAUUGACUGGGGAAAACGCUGCGUGGAUAAAUUUGAUAUCAUCGGGAUUAUUGGAGAAGGUACCUAUGGACAAGUUUACAAGGCCAGGGAUAAAGACACUGGAGAGAUGGUAGCCUUAAAAAAAGUACGUCUAGAUAAUGAAAAGGAAGGCUUUCCGAUUACAGCAAUUCGAGAAAUUAAAAUUCUCCGGCAGCUUACUCACCAGAGUAUUAUCAAUAUGAAGGAGAUAGUUACUGAUAAAGAAGAUGCUUUGGAUUUUAAGAAGGAUAAAGGUGCAUUUUAUCUGGUAUUUGAAUAUAUGGAUCAUGAUUUGAUGGGACUACUGGAAUCAGGCUUGGUUCAUUUUAAUGAAAAUCACAUAAAGUCAUUUAUGAGACAGCUCAUGGAAGGUCUGGAUUACUGUCAUAAGAAGAACUUUUUGCAUAGAGAUAUUAAAUGUUCAAAUAUUCUUCUAAAUAAUAGAGGGCAGAUAAAACUUGCAGAUUUUGGACUUGCUCGAUUGUAUAGCUCAGAAGAAAGUCGGCCGUAUACUAACAAGGUCAUCACUUUAUGGUACCGUCCACCUGAAUUGCUAUUGGGAGAAGAACGAUAUACACCAGCUAUUGAUGUAUGGAGCUGUGGAUGUAUCCUUGGUGAACUCUUCACUAAAAAACCUAUAUUUCAAGCAAAUCAGGAACUUGCACAACUAGAAUUAAUAAGCCGUAUAUGUGGGAGUCCAUGUCCUGCAGUGUGGCCCGAUGUAAUCAAACUACCGUAUUUCAACACCAUGAAACCAAAGAAGCAAUAUCGUCGAAAGUUAAGAGAAGAAUUUGUUUUCAUUCCUGCAGCUGCUCUAGACUUGUUUGACUACAUGCUUGCUUUGGACCCCAGCAAGCGCUGCACUGCAGAACAGGCCCUUCAGUGUGAGUUCCUGCGGGACGUGGAGCCCUCAAAAAUGCCUCCCCCAGAGAGGUUUUUACACGCUGAGGCAAUGCACCAUAGUAAGAUGGCUGAGAGUCUUCCCUUAUGGCAAGAUUGUCAUGAGUUAUGGAGUAAAAAGCGAAGGAGACAGAAGCAGAUGGGCAUGACUGAUGAUGUUUCCACAAUUAAAGCCCCCAGAAAGGACUUGUCUCUGGGCUUGGAUGACAGCAGAACCAACACACCCCAGAGUGUUCUGCCUACUUCACAACUGAAAUCUCAGGGCAACUCGAAUAUGGCAUCUGUAAAAACAGGCCCUGGACAGCAGUUAAACCACAGUGAAUUGGCAAUUCUACUAAACCUACUACAGUCUAAAACGAGUGUUAAUAUGGCUGAUUUUGUCCAAGUGUUGAACAUUCAGGUAAACUCUGAGGCUCAACAGCAGCUAAAUAAAAUAAACCUUCCUGCUGGAAUUUUGGCAACAGGUGAAAAACAGACAGAUCCAUCAACACCAACACCACAGCAGGAGUCUUCGAAACCGCUGGGGGGAAUUCAGCCUUCUUCUCAGAGUGUGCCGCCUAAAGUGGAGACGGACGCUGCCCAGGCAGCUGUGCAGAGCGCAUUUGCAGUUCUGCUGACUCAGUUAAUAAAGGCUCAGCAGUCAAAGCAGAAGGACGUACCGUUAGAAGAGAGGGAGAAUGGAUCGGGACAUGAAGCAGCAUUACAGCUGCGGCCACCUCCAGAACCCAGCACGCCGGUAUCGGGGCAAGAUGACCUCAUCCAGCAGCAGGACAGGAGGAUGCUGGAGCUCACACCAGAACCAGAGCGGCCUCGUAUUCUGCCUCCUGAUCAGCGACCUCCCGAACCGCCUGAGCCACCACCAGUCACCGAGGACGACCUGGAUUAUCGGACAGAAAACCAGCAUGUCCCCACCACUAGCUCUUCGCUAGCAGACCCGCAUGCCGGGGUGAAAGCAGCCCUCCUACAGCUGCUCGCCCAGCAUCAGCCCCAGGAUGAUCCCAAAAGAGAAGGGGGUAUUGAUUACCAGGCGGGAGACACUUAUGUGCCCACCUCAGACUACAAGGACAAUUUUGGAUCGUCUUCUUUCUCUUCUGCUCCGUAUGUUAGCAGCGAUGGGCUGGGGGGUAGCUCUGCCCCCCAAUUAGAACGACGGAGCUUCAUUGGCAACUCAGAUAUUCAGUCUUUGGAUAACUACAGUACUACUUCAUCUCAUUCUGGUGGCCCACCUCAGCCUUCUGCCUUUGCCGAGUCGUUUCCCAGUUCCGUAGCUGGGUAUGGAGACAUUUACCUCAAUACUGGUCCCAUGUUGUUCAGUGGAGACAAGGACCAUAGAUUCGAGUACAGCCACGGCCCCAUCGCGGUCCUGGCGAAUAGCAGCGACCCUUCCACAGGCCCUGAGAGUACUCACCCUUUGCCGGCCAAGAUGCACAACUAUAGCUACAGUGGUAACUUACAGGAAAACCCCGGUGGCCCCAGCCUCAUGCAUGGACAGACCUGGACUUCUCCUGCCCAAGGGCCUGGGUAUUCACAAGGAUUUAGGGGGCACAUUAGCACGUCAGCCAGCAGAGGUCGUGGCAGAGGGCUACCGUACUGAGUAUCUGUUUUUCCUCAGGCACAUCGUUUUUACCUGGAAAGACUUUUCUAGCUGCAAUUUAAGGCAGCAAUCCAAGAGACUUGAAUAAUAUUAAUUCAACAACAGCUUUAUUUUUAUGUGGAAAGGGUCUUGCAUACAAUAGUUUUAAAAAAGACCAAAAAAAACCACCACCUUUGCUUAAAUUCAUGCUGUUCUAAAAAACUAGAUCUAUCAAUUGUACAUCUUCACAAAUUCUAGUUAACAAUUUUAUUUUGUAUUCUUGCAGUUUUAAGUGGAUGCUAAUCUUAGGGACAUAAAAGUCUUUUAUGGCCCUCUUGCAGAUCUUCUGAACUAUGCACAUUUGUGCUUUUUUUGUAAGUUUGGACCAACUUUUAUGUAACAACCAACCAACCCCUCCCUCCCCCUCCAGUUUUACAACAAUCAGAAAGGGCACUGAUUUAUUUGGUAUUUUUCUUUUUACAAAGCUAUCUUUAGUCAAAGGUCACUGUCAGUCUUUGCACCUGCUUUCAGUGUUAUUGUGAAAGGUGUACUUUGUGCUCAUUUCAGAAAAUAAAACACAACCUUUCUCUUGAUGCAACAGUUUUAUAAAAAAAAAUGGUCAAUGUUAUUUUUGUUUUAUUUUGCAGAUUAUCAUAACCUAGCAAAAUGCAUUCGAAUAAAAUAGUGGGUUUUAUAUGAGAAAUAUGGGUGGGGUGGGAAGGGUAAGUAAGUGCCUUAACAGGUAAGCUUAAAGUCUGAAAAAGUAGUUACCCUUUACACCCAUUUGUCUUCUCAAGGGAAUCAGUACCUUGUAUUGAAGAGGCAGGGAGGUCUUGGGUGUUUAGGGUCUGCCUGUUCAGUUCCUGCUAGAUCCAUUCUUUCUGCCCAUCACAUGUUCUCCUUUUCUGCCUGUCUUUGGGCUGUGUGACUUUGCACUCCACCUUUUCUUGAUAGGGGACUAGAACUCCAAUCAGUACCUUUUGUUACUUCUGAGAAAUUCUGAAAAGUUUUGUCAUUUAAAUGGUUGAAAGUAAUAACUAAAUGAGAAUUGUAUCAUUUCCUUUUGGGCUGCUAUAUUGUUCCUGUUUCCUUUUGCCUUGGAUAAUUGGAAGGCAGGAGCAUAGAAGCAAAGCAUAGUAACAGAAUUUGCAUAAUUCUAUUAAAGUUUGUGGGGAAAGGUGGCAAACACCAUAUCUGAAGUUACACAAUUGCCAUUUUAAGAAAAAAUUAACUCUGUUCACUUGUUGACUAGAAACAUUGCCUAGAUUUUGUGAGGUGUAUUAGGACUUCUUUUGCCAGACUUAGAGCAACUUUAGUUUAACAUUUUUUUUCUUUUAUUAAAAGCAGCAAAGAAUGAUGGGCAAAUCCUCAUUUAAACUAAUGGUGUCAAGUUUAACUAACUUUGUGUGCCCAUGCGCGCACACAUAAUAAUUCUAGAAAGGAACCAAAGGUAAAUAACCAAUGUUUCCAUAUCACUAAAUGGAAAAAUAGAUUCUGAAAAUGAGAGUUGUGCCAAUUAACCAUUUUGUUUUGACUGUCCUCUUGGUAACUUAUUUUUUUAUUGGAAUCUUAAAUUGAAACAGCUGUUAAAGAAUGGCAAUCGCUCUAGCUCUAAAGUCAGUCUUUUAACCCUGUGCCCUCUCUCUGACUUGUGAACCUUCAUUUAAAACAGUAUAUGGGAAGCAUUCUAGUUUGGUGAGAGUAAGACUAUUUUAAAGUAGAUAAUUUACCAUUUUACUGCUAUAAAAUUAUGUCUGUUGCCCGUUUUAUUUUUUGAUGGAAUUUUUUUGUUGGGGAGAAAUGAAUGGAAGAAAAAUUUAUUUUGCUUUUAUUUGAAUAUUAAGUACUAACUACUUAUAAUGAAGCUACAUUGCAGGAAGUGAAGAGAUAUUUUGAAAUUUAGCAAAAUAGCUACAGUAUUCAAGUAUCUGAAAUUUUAAUAUGGUGAGUCUUAGAACUUUAGACUUUCCUAUAAGUGACAGUAUCUAAGUUAUUCUUAGUAGUCACACUUGUUAAUUCUGCUGACCAUAGCAGCUAACAUAAAAUUGAAGAUAUUUAUGUGACAUGAAUAGCCUGUGUUUUAAAAAUUAAAUAUUUUAUAUAAAAUUGAACUGUGUUUGAAUACUUUUUCUAAUUAAACAUUCUAGUCAUGUAUCUAUGUUACAAAAGUGGCUGGGAGGACAAGGAAGUUGUUGCUUGAAAUUGAAAGUUUGAACUGCAACUUCUAAUAUUACCCUAACACAGCACUGAUUGAGAAACAUACCGAUAUUUAUACACCACUUAGAAAAAUGUUGCUAAUUAAACCACAACACAAUUCUAAAUAACUUGCAUCAUUUUUAAGAUAUUUCCCAAAUUUAUCAAGUGAAAGAAAGUGUCUUAAAAUUGAUGAAAUAUGGUAGUGAAAAUCUUAAUGCAUCCUUCCAUAUCAUUUAAUAUUUUAGUGAAUUUGGAUUAAUAAAAAGAGUAGUGGAAUUGGGAAAUUGCUAAUUCUAUAGGUUAUAAUAAUUGUAGUAAUCACUGAGUAUUUUUGAGUGAAAUCUAAGUAACAUAAAGUCAUUGCUUAAGUUUUUUGGACAGAAACAGGUAAAUCAGGCUGCAAAUAAGAUGAUGAAAAUGAAAUUGAAAUGCCAAAGAAGGAAAUAUUUGUCUCUCAUGUGAAAUUCCCCUUUGUAUUUUCUGACACAGCAAGUUUUUCUGCAUGCAAUUCAUUGUUUCCCGUCUUCAUUAUUUGUUGGAAAGGUGCAGUCGCCCGUGUAAUUUUAAAUGACUCAUUUUAAGGGGUUUAUUGAUUAAAAUAGUUUGUGGAAUGUGAAUUAAUAUAAAGCUUUAGCUGUGGUUCAGAACUUCAUUCUGUCAGUAAAUAUAUAUCCAGUGCCUACCUAAGUGUCAGGUACGAUUCCAGUAUGAGUACGUAUCACUAAACCUGAAAGGCAUUAAGUCACACUUCUAGUGGACUGACUGAGCAGGAAGAUUUUAAAAGUGGAGAAGCUAGUGGUUGCUACUCUCAGCUGUAUUUACACUUAAGUGAAUGUAAGAAAUGAAAAUGUGAAUGUCUGUAAAAUUUUAAAGUCAUAUAUGAACAGAAGGUUCUAGAAAGAAAUAGAACAAUUGAAAACUCAGUGAUGAAAAAAAAUUUAAGUUGCAUGAAUCCCAUUUGCAAUAAGCCAAUUUGUAGGAAAUAUCAAGAUUUCUUGAGAAAAAAUGGAAGGUAAAUGAGUUAAAUGCUUCCAACUAAUCUAACUGGUACUUCUGAGAUAAAGAUUUGCUGCUGUAUUUGUUAUGAGCUUAAUCCACUUUUCACCCUAGGUCCUUUUUUUGUUUGUUUGUUUUUUUGAAUAAAGAUCUAUUGAUUCCCUGGCAUACUGGUUUUGAUAUUUUAAAAGUCUCAACAGGACGCCCCAAUAAUAUAAAAGCAUCUGGUCCAUCUCCUCACUUUACAGUUAAGAAAAAUGAGACUUAGAUGUAUUGCCAGUGCUUGUUCCUCUAAGCCAUGUCUAAAUUCUGUAGUAAAUACUUAACUUUUCAGUAAGAAAAUGCACUAAAAAUACUUACCAGUGUUAUAGUAAAAUAAAAUAAUUUAGAAUAGUGAACAACUAGUUUAACACAGAUGGCUUUAAAAAGUCAACUUAAUUCAGAAAAAAUAGGAAAAUAAUUUAGAAAACUUAUUUAAUUAGGAGCCUAUAGAGACUGUCAUAUAUAAAUAGUCUUUUGAAAGGAGGUUCCUUUUUUUUUUGAAGACACUAGUAACAUAAAUAUCCAACAAUUAGAUAAGACUGAAUCUUUCAUUAAAGUGUUUUCUGUUUGUAGGAGGAAGAUUGAUAUUGGCAGGCCUGCAAACAUUACUUUUAUAUUCUUUCAAGAUUUUAUAAUUAAGUUGUUUUGUAAGGGGAGCAAUGAUUUGUCAUGGUCCAGAGGCCUCUCCAGAUAAUUUCUUGAAUGUUUCUAAUUUAAUUAAAAAUAAAAGCUAUUAACAAAUGAAGCUAUUGAGGGAUCCAGUUGAAGAUGGGGAAAAUAAAAUUUUGAUGAUAAUGGUAAAACUUGACCUUUGAAUUAUGUAGACUAAUAAGUUUUGUGGGUCUUAUUCCUUUCACCAUAUCAAAUGUCCCAUUAAAGAAUUUUCUGGUUCGAAUUGCACUCAAAAUGAAGCUGUGUAGGGGAAUUACCCUUUAAAAAUAUUUUUUUCACAAUUAAGUUAAUUUGUUGUAAAGGUGUUCUUUUUCUGCAAGAACUUUUAGUGACUCUUAAACCUAAUGUGUUUAAUAUAAGCCUUGUGUUUUUUUUUAAAGGCUGUAUUUGAUAGUCUAUAAAUUAACUGCCAUUAAGAAUUCCAGGCCAUUUUUAGCCUUGUGUUCUUGCUUAUCGGCAGAACAGACUUAGGAUAAUCUUAUCUGAUAAAGAUGACCACUUGAUAGCCACUGUGGUAUAUUUUAUUGACAAUACUAGCCCUUAUUUUUUCCUUUUUAUACUUGUACAUAUUUGAAAACAUAGGAGCACAUACAAAGCUAACCACCACUAAUAUUUUGCCUUUGAGGGAUGUAUGUGAAUGCGUAUCUACUUUUUUCCCUUAAAACGAUGAGAUUAUAUUGCCAAUAACUUUGUAAUUAGUUAUUCUCAUUUAAUACAUUGUGAACAUUCUUCUAUGUCAAUAAUUCUAUGCUUUUUUCAAUUAUUCCAUAUAGAACCAUAAUUUAACAAUUCCUUGUUGGACACAAAAUAUUUCUAAUUUUCUGUUUUAAAUAAUAAUUGAUGAAAAUCCACAUAAUACAUAUAUACUUACAAGCAUACGUAAUUUCCUUGGAAUUACUGGUCUACAGAAUGCACUUUUAACUUUUUGCUGCAUUCAAAUUGCCCUCAAGGAAAGUAUGCUAGUUUUAUAUUCCUAUUACUUCCUGUUUGCAUUUAGCUAUGUUGCAUAUUUAAAAUUCUUCAAUUUUUGCCAGUCUGACAAGUCAUCUUGUUUUAAUUCAUAUUUCUUUGAUUACUAGUGAAAUUCAUUAUUUCAUAUUAGCCAGGUGUCUUGUUUAUUAACUAUUCAUAUGUUUAAUUAUUAGGUGUUUAUCUCUGUUGAGCAGCUUAUAUAAGGAAAGUAGCCCUUUUUAAACUAUUAAUCUUGAAAAUACUGAGAUAUGUUUAUUCAGAAAAAUUUAAUAAUUAUAUAUAGUCAAGUCUAUUAAUCUUUCCUUAUGGUGUCUGCAUAGAAAAACCUAACAGUACUUCAAGAUUAUUUUAAUUUCCACACAAAUUUUAUUUUACUUCUCUAGCUUUCUACUUUUACUCU